AUGAAGACCAAUCUCUUCCGUGCAGACGUGAAGGAGCAAAACAUUCCUUGCCAAGUGCCCGGCUUGGAAGGCAUCACGAUUAAAAGAAUUAUUUGUGGCGAAAAUCACGCACUGGCUUUGACCAGCGAAGGAAAAGUCUAUUCUUGGGGAUGGAAUGAAUUUGGCCUGCUUGGAAAUGGCGGAACCAACAAACGUUCACACGAACCAACGUUGAUAUCUGGAAAUAUUGGCAGGAUAAGAGACGUGGCUGCUUAUUUCGUAAGCAAUGUUUGCGCUGUGGUCACAGAAGCAGAUGAAGUUUACGCAUGGGGUAACUUCAAAGGCCAAUUUAGUUUGAGACCGACUUACACCUCAUUCAUUACGCUGGAUGAAGUGUUUGCGAAACUGCCAAUUUCGCCAUUGACAUUCCGACCGUUGCUUCCAAAACCGAUAGAAGAAAAUAACACUGCCAACAGAAGUUAUGGAUGGCUCAAGAAAUCUUUCGAUGACGCUGACACUGCUGACGUUGUUUUCGUUGUCGAGGGAAAGAAAAUCCACGCGCACAAAGCAAUUCUGAUAAUGCAAUGCGCCGUUUUCAAGACGAUGUUCCAGGGCGAUUGGAAAGAGAGCCACGAAAGAGAGCAAAUCAUCGAGCAUCACAGCUACGAUGUGUUUUUCGCCUUCUUGAAAUACUUCUACACCAACGAGGUUGAUUUGCAGCCAGAGUUGGCUCUAGAGCUUUUCGCCUUGGCCCACUUUUAUCAAAUGACUGAUCUUCAAAAGGAGUGCCUGAAAAUUAUCAAAAGAGGCUUGACAGUGGAAAAUGCAGCGUCGAUUUACGAUAAAGCGAUUCAACUUGCUGCAGAGGAACUUGAGGAGUUUGUUUUCAACUUCUGUAUGAAGCAUACAAAUGCUGUUGUGAAGAGCGAUGGCUUCAAGCUCUUGAAGGAUAAUGUCGUGAGAGAUUUCGUUCUUCGCGCUGCUCAGCAAGAUGCGUUUACAAAAUGAUCAGUGGGCGCCUGCCUCUAUUGAGAGAAGCGUUUUCUGUGUCUAAUUUCUUUCCUAACGAGUAACGUCCUAACGUGUUGAAUGUCAGGAGUGGUGCCCUUUCUUACUUUUUAAUACCCUUGAAAAGUUAUAUUAUGUAUUGUAUAAUAGUAUUUUAUGAUUGAGUAUAAACAUCAGAUAAAUAAAUUCGUAU